AUGGACUCUUGGGCAAUUCAAAUCCAAGAGACUCUAGAACUGAAAACUGAAGAAUUGGAUGAAAAUCUUAGAGCAAAAAGGAUCCACCAACCUGGUCACCAAAGUUGUAUUGAAGAAAAAGGACCUAUGCUACAGAAUUAG